GAGUCCGAUGAACCAUUGGCUGUUGUUAGUCCAGAGGAACCCACACAGCCACUUCAUACAUCAACACCAAAGAAACCCAUACAUACAAGUAAAACAGGAAACGGCAGACCAGUUCGGAGGUUAUUAAAGCUUAAGAAAACAGGGGAAGUGCAACGUCUACAGCCAUGUAGGAGAUGAUGUAUUCAUAGCAAUGUAUCCCAGAGCCAGAUCAUCAGGGCUAGAGAAAAAGUAUAGACGAAGGAUUUCAACUGUAGAGUUGACUUAUGAGACUUACAUAGAGUAUAUCAAGCAAUUGCCCCACAAUGCCAAACCGGGCAUCUUCGGCAUGCACGACAACGCAGACAUCACGAAAGACCAGGCUGAGACCAGGCUGCUAUUUGAGAACAUUCUUCUCACACAGGCUCGAGCCUCUUCAGGAGGUGGAAAAUCUACAGAUGACAUCGUCGACGAAGUGGCUGGUGAUAUUGUCUCGAAGCUGCCACCCAACUUUGACACAGACGCGGUGUUACGUCGCUUCCCGACCUCAUACAAACAGAGCAUGAACACGGUGCUCAUGCAGGAAAUGGUGCGCUUUAACCGUCUCCUAUCUGUUAUCCGGAGCAGUCUUGUCAACAUCCGCAAGGCUAUCAAGGGUCUGGUUGUGAUGUCGGCUGACCUUGAGGAGGUGGUCAUGAGCAUCUUGAAAGGCAAGAUUCCAGGCAUGUGGAUGAAGCGCUCGUACCCGUCCCUGAAACCCCUCGGAUCAUAUGUCAAUGACUUCCUCGCUAGGCUUGCAUUCCUACAGGAUUGGUUUGAGAACCAGGCCCCGACGGUGUUCUGGCUCUCUGGGUUCUACUUCACACAGGCGUUCUUGACGGGUGCACAGCAGAAUUACGCCCGUAAAUACACCAUACCAAUCGAUUUGCUCGCCUUUGAUUAUGAGGUUCUCGACGACAAGGAAUAUACCACGCCACCGGAAGAUGGGGUGUAUGUGAAUGGCCUGUACCUUGAAGGAGCGCGCUGGGACCGCAAGACAAAACUGCUCGGAGAAUCCCAACCCAAGAUCCUAUUUGACCCCGUGCCUACGAUUUGGGUAAAGCCGUGCAAGCGUCAGGACCUGAGUGAGGAGAAUAUGUACCACAUCCCAGUUUACAAGACCAGCGAGCGCCGCGGCGUCCUCUCCACCACUGGUCACUCCACCACUACGUUAUUGGCAUGCUCGUGCCCACGGACAAACCCGAAGACCACUGGGUACAGCGAGGGGUGGCUAUGCUCUGUCAGCUUGAUAAUUAGGUGUUAGCUUAAUAUGCAGACUCUAUAAAUAUGAAAACAUUUGUGAUGAACAAUUAUCAAGCUUACAGACCAUUUUAUUUUUUUUUAAAUGCCACCACUUAAUCAAAAUAAACGCUGAAUUAUUGUUCUGUAACCUCUGGAUACACAUUUCGGCUUUAAUUUUUUUCUGAUUAAUUUGCGUACACUUUUCUUAAAUGUCAACCUCCCAAAAAUCCACAAAAAACAAUCAUAUUCAUUAUCCUUUUUUUUAUAAUUACAUGAUUAUUUUUAUAGUUUUACAUAUCCAGAAACAGGGCACCCAGUUGGUAUUUGUGUUAUGUCCACUUGUAUAAACAAUCCUCUUGGAUUGCAAAUUGGUGUAGUGACCAGUUAAUUAUUUAUGUGUUUUCGUUAUUUUUUCUGCUGUUAUUUUUUAUGCUUCAAAGACACUGGUUUUGAUUGUUUGAGCUUAAUGCAUUUAUGUAUUUACAAGUGAUAUUUCAAGUAGUUCAUUAAGACAUUAAUGCCAGCGCUUACUUAUACUUAAAUUGAUGUAUUUACGUAUAAAAACUGUUAAUUUGCAUAUAUUUGUUUUUAUAUUCGUCUGUGAUAGCUUUAUCUGUUUGACAUAGCCAAUAUGUUAUAAAAAUAAUCAAUUUUUAUAGAAACUACUAUUUUAUUAGGUGCAUGCUCUAGAAAGCAUGUGAAUUUUGACAAUUAACUAACACUUUUUUGAAUUACACAAACAAAUUAAAGACUGUGACAACAACGGAAAAUACGUUGCUAUUUCCCAAAAUACAUAUAUUUCUUUUAAAAAUAUACAUUCAAUAAAAUAAUUAUCAAUGUUUUCCUUCAACUGUUACUGCUGAUGUGAUAGUAUUACGUGACAUUCCGUCCUGGUAUUUUUAUAUGUAUUUAUUGUUUUCAAAUCUUCAAUAAAUUCUUUU